AUGAUUUAAUAAUUAGAUAUCAAGUUAAAGUGUUAAGAAGAUGGUCAUCAGGACGAGAUAGAGACGAUUUGUUACAAUUAAUUUUGUAGUGAGUUUAGAUUAAAUUGUUUUAAAUGUAUUAAGAAGGGAAGAAUCCAUCUUGAUCAUUUAGAUGAUGUUGAAAAACUCAAUAGUUUCAUCGGAUUUAUAGAAAUGAAAAGUUAAUAAUGUGAUAAUUUGCUUGAUGAUCUUAAUAAAUUAUUAGAAAGUCUCAAUCAAUCAUUUUCUUAAUUAAAAAGGGGAAUUAGAUAAAAAUAUUCAUUACAAUAAGAAAGAAUAAUAAAUUUAAACUCUUAGUAAAUACAUGACUAUUUGAAUUCAACCAUCAAAUUAGUAGAAUAUAAAUAAUCAAUUACAACCAUCAUUUCAGAUUAGACGAAGAAAUUAACUCAUACAUUUAAUAAUUUAUAUCAAUAAUUAUAAUUAUCAUCAUUUAAUUAUUAUUAGAUUGAUGAUUAUUCUAUAAAAUUAUCUAAGGAGUUCUAUGAUAAGGGUAAUUCAUUAAUAUUAUUUUUAGGUUAUGAUUUAUAUUAUAAAGAUAAAUUUGCUGAAGCAAUAGAUAUUUUUGAUCUGUCAAUCCAAGAAAAUCCAAAUAAUUAUGAACCUUUAUGGUGCAAAGGUUAAAAUAAUAGAUAUCAAUAGGUGCAUGUUUAAGAUUUUUAAAUAAAACUGAGGAUGCAAUCAUAUGGCUGGAUAAAGCAUUAGCUAUUCAUCCUAAGCAUCUUAAUUCUUUAAGUGACAAAGGUAAAUUGAGUCAUUAAUUCAAUAGGUGUAUGUUUAAGAUUGUUAAAUAAAUACGAAGAUGCAAUCAGCCUGGUGGAUUAAGCAUUAGCUAUUGAUCCUAAGCAUGUUAAUUCUUUAUUUGAAAAGGGUAGAUUGAGUUAUUUCUAAAUUAAUAGGUUAAUGUUUACGAAAAAUAAACAAAUACGAGGAUUCAAUCAGUUGGCUGGAUAAAGCAAUAGCUAUUGAUCCUAAGCAUAUUAAUUCCUUAUUUGAAAAGGGUAGAUUGAGUCAUAAUUAAAAUUAUAGCCUAAUGUUUAAGAUUAUUAAAGAAAUAUGACGAUGCAAUCAGUUUGCUGGAUAGAACACUAACUAUUGACCCUAAACAUGUCAUUUCCUUAAGUGGAAAAGGUAAUUUGAGUCAUAAGUAUAUUUAUAGGUGUUUGUUUACGAAAAAUAAAUAAAUAUGAGGAUGCAAUAUGUUGGCUGGAUAAAGCAUUAGUUAUUGACCCUAAGCAUGUUAAUUCUUUAGGCCAGAAAGGUAUAUGAUUAAUUCUUUAAUAGGAGCGUGUUUAAAAAUGUUGAAAAAAUAUAAUGAGUCUUUAUAAGUAUUGGAUUAAGCACUCCUCAUCAAUCCUUAACAUACAUUUUCUCUUUAAUAAAAAGGUAUCGAAUCAUCUGAAAUUUUAGGAGAUUGUUUAAGAGAUUAAUAACAAUAUAAGAAAGCUCUGAUUUAUUAUGUUAAAUCAUUAAUGAUUCAUCCGAAUGAUCAAUAUACAAUAAAUCAAAAAGGUAUUCUCAAAUUAUUAAAUUAGAAUUUUGCAGGAAGUAAUUGAAUCAAUGA